GAGCAGGAGGAAGGCGAGCGAAGACCCCCGCCUCCACGAGCUUUUACGCCACCGCCAGAGGGCUCUCAGCCCACGAUGGUGCAUGAUGAUGACGACGUCCACAUACAGCACUUGGAUACAGAGCGAGAGAAGGAAUUGCAGAGCAUCAGACAGUCGAAACAGGGCAUGCUCGCCAGGUUCAAGAGCAUGGAAGAGCAGAAAGAGGAAACGAGGGCUGGCCCUCCUCCUCCACGAGCUAUCACACCUCCGCCCGAAGGAUCUGAGGCCACCAUGGUCUACGACGACGCGGAACCAGACAGAGACCCGAACGUCGUGCGCUCGGACGUCGCGACGGACUUUGACGACAACCUGCCCGACAUGGAUCACGCGCGCAAGCUGAAGAAUAUGUUCGAACAGAAGGGCAAGGAGCCUGCAAAGGUCGAGAAGCCCAAGGCGAGACCGAAGCGUUUCACAGACGAGCACGAGGCAGUUCUGUCAUCGUCCGUCGACGACCUUAGCGACGCGCGCGCCAUUAGCGACGUAAGCCUGCAUGCGAUCCAAGCGUCGCCAGGUGGCGCUAGUUUAGUUGGCGACGAGCCUUGUCGUUCUCCCGACCUCGUGACCGAGAUGUGCCGAGCCGAGAGCCCGGAGAAACACGACGACGACGCCCCUUGUGAUGUCCAGUACAGGACGGAGUAUCGGCCGGACGCUGGUCAACCCGAGGCCAACGACAGACGCGAGACAAGAGCACCUACAGAACAGCAAAUAGUACUCGAGUAUCGCGAGGAGGUGCAGUCCGCGGUCAACGUCGAUGACAGGUGCGAGGCAGAACGCAUUGUGGAACAGCAAACGACGAUCGAGUGUCCGGCGGUGGUGCAGGCCAUCCACGAGGCAGAAGGAUUUUCGGAACAGCAAACGACGAUCAAGUGUCCGGCGGUGGUGCAGGCCAUCCACGAGGCAGAAGGAUUUUCGGAACAGCAAACGACGAUCGAGUGUCCGGCGGUGGUGCAGGCCAUCCACGAGGCAGAAGGAUUUUCGGAACAGCAAACGACGAUCGAGUGUACCACAGAGAGGCAGACCAUCUACGAGGCAGACCAGCAUGACGACAGCGGCGCAGGUUCACCCGUGGCGUCUACCCAGGAUGACAUAGUAGCAGCGCCGUGCGAGUCUCACACGAGGGAAGAGAGGGCAUGCGACGAGUCGAGCGUCUACACUGUAACAGCUUCGUUAGGAAGAGACCAUGAUAAAGGCAAGGCUGAACAUGAUGAAGAUCACAGCCUAGAUGACACUGCAGUCGUGGUCACUAGCCAGUCGGCAGAGAUGCAAGUGGAGUAUGAUGAUGAUGACGAUGCAUUGGCUGCCACGUCUGCGCCACCAGCCCAGGAGGAUGAAGGCACCGAUCAAAAAAUAUCCGUAGGAGAAAUAAUGCUGAAGAGUGAAUCCAUCAUCACUGCCGUGAUGAAAGAGAACUCUCGCGCGAUUGCUGUAACAGGCGACAGUCAGUCAGCUGUCAUGCAGAUAGAGGCAUGCGAGAGAGGCGGAAUAACGGAGAGUAGAAGUUAUAUGAGUUUUAUGUCAACUGGAGGAGGUGAGCAGGUGACAGAAACGUCCACAACCGUCGUACAUGAGCAUGUGUCAUCAUUUGACUCCCCAGUGUCUGUACCCGCAGCCGAGAGUAAUAUAUGCAACGCACCAGAUGAUCAAACUUCGAUGUCCCGGAUGGAAUCGGAAAUAUGUGCCAAUGCUGAAAAUUUAGUCGCGGCCGAGAAAGAAGACGAGAAAGUUUCAGGCAGCUCCAGUGAUUCGUAUAUCAAAAAGAAGACAAAGAAGGUUUCAAAGAAAACUUCCAAAUCUAGUAGUUCUAGCAGCAAUAGCAGUAGCAGUAGCAGCAGCAGUAGUAGUAGUAGCAGCGACUCAGAGAAGGACGAUACGGAGAGGAUAUCGACAAAGUUGAGGCAAAAGCAUAAAAAGAGCAGAAGCAGUAGGACCAAUGAGAAGAGGGUUAAAGAUAACAAGAGGCGUCACGCACCAGAUGGAACAAGAAUCAGUAAGAAGAGUCGCUCUAGCAGUGGAGAUUCUCGGAAUGCAGCGAGGGAAGCAGGAAUUGUCGAUGGUGAAGAGCUGCUCAUCCGCACUAACCAGGAAAUAGCUGAUGCUGUGAGAGACAAUGGAGAAAACAUGGACAGUGUAAGAGCAGAGAGCAAUAAUGUUGCUGAUUCUACAGUUGUAUAUGAGAGGGAAUCGCACAUUGGCACACCAGAAGAGUCAAUUUGUCAUAGUCUCACUGUUGUAAGUCAUGUAGAUGCAAACCUUGUGACUGAGGUCACAGAACAGAUAGAGAUCAGUUCUGUGGAUAAGGUCGCAGAACAGGAAGAGGUCAAUACUAUAGAAAAUGUCACAGAACCGGAAAUGGUCAGCCCUGUAGAGAAGGUCACAAAACAGGAAGAGGUUAAUACUGUAGGUGAGGUCACAAAACAGGAACAGGUUAGUCCUGUAGAGAAGGAGAAGGAACAGGAAGAGGUCCGUAUUAGAGAGAAGGUCAUGGAACAGGAAGAGGUCUGUACUGUAGAGAAGGUCACAGAACAGGAAGAGAUUAGUACUACAGAGAAGGUCAUGGAACAGGAAGAGGUCUGUACUAUAGAGAAGGGAAAGGAACAGGAAGAGGUCAGUACUAUCGAGAAGCUUACAGAACAGGAAGAUGUCUGUACUGCAGAGAAUGAGAAGGAACAGGAAGAAGUCUAUACUGUAGAGAAGGUCACAGAACAGGAAGAGGUCAGUACUAUAGAGAAGGUAGCAGAACAGGAAGAGGCUAGUCCUGUAGAGAAGGUCACAGAACAGGAAGAGGUCAAUACUGUAGAAAGCGUCGCAGAACAGGAAGAGUGUUGUACUGUAGAGAAGGUUGCAGAACAGGAAGACAUAAUUACUGUAGAGAAGGUUACAGAACAAGAAGCAGUUAGUACUGUAGAGAAAGUAACAGCACAGGAAGAGUGUUGUACUGUAGAGAAGGUCAUAGAACAGAAAGAUGUUAGUACUGUAGAGAAGGUCACAGAACAGGAAGUCGUAAUAACCGUAGAAAAGGUUACAGAACAGGAAGUAGACAAUACUGUAGAGGUCAAUACUGUAGAGAAGGGGACAGAACAAGAAGAGGUUUGUCCUGUAGAGACGGUCACAGAACAAGAAGAGGUCAGUGCUGUAGAAAAGGUCACAAAACAGGAAGAGGUCUGUACUGUAGAGAAGGAGAAGGAACAGGAAGAGGUCAAUACUGUAGAGAAGGUCAUAGAACAGGACGAUGAUAGUACUGUAGAGAAUGUAACAGAACAGGAAGAGGUCAUUACUGUAGAGAAGGCUACAAAACAGGAAGAGGUUAAUACUGUAGAGAAAGAGAACGAACAGGAAGAGGUCAGUUCUGUAGAGAAGCUCACAAAACAGGAAGAGGUAAUUACUGUAGAGAAGGUCACAGAACAGAAAGAAGUCAAUACUGUAGAAAAGGUCAUGGAACAGGAAGAUGACAGUACUGUAGAGAAGGUCACAAAACAGGAAGAGGUAAUUACUGUAGAGAAGGUCACAGAACAGGAGGAGGUCAAUACUGUAGAGGUCACAGAACAGGAAGUGGUCAAUACUGUAGAAAAGGUCAUAGAACAGGAGGAGGUCAAUACUGUAGAGUUCACAGAACAGGAAGUGGUCAAUACUGUAGAAAAGGUCAUAGAACAGGAAUAUGUCAAUACUGUAGAGAAUGUCACAAAACAGGAAGAGGUAAUUACUGUAGAGAAGGUAACAGACCAGGAAGAUGACAGUACUGUAGAAAAGAUCACAGAACAGGAACAUGCCAGUACUGCAGAUAAAGUCACAGAAGAGGAAGAGGUUAGUCCUGGAGAGAGGGUCACAGAACAGGAAGUCAGUCCUGUAGAUAAGGAGAAGGUACCGGAAGAGGUCAGUACUGUAGAGAAAGAUGUCAACAGUGUUGAUCAAAUUACAGAACCAGAAGUCACCAGACAUGUGGAUGACCUCAAUGAACACGUAGAGUUGAAUUCUUCGAAUGAGGUUAUCAAACAAGGUAGUGGUGACUUUGCAGUUGAGAGUACAGAACAAGGAGAAGCUAGCUCUUCAGAGGGAAUCACGGAGCAGGGAGAUGUUAACUCAACAGAUAAUUUCACAGAAAAGGUAAAUGAGAGCUUUGUGGAAAAUGUCACCAAACAGGUAGAUGUCAGCGAUGAAGAGAAGGUAUCGGAGCAGGUAGAAAUCCACUCCGUCGAAAAAGUCACAGAACAGGUUGCAGUUAACUCCGCUGAUAAAGACAUCGAUGAGAUAAAUGCCAGCCUUGCAGAAAAAUCCCCAGAACAGAUAGCGAUGGACUCUGUAGAGAAAUUCGCAGAACCGACAGGCGUUGACUCUACAAAUAAGGUCAUAGAACGGGUAGAGGUCAUCUCUGUAGAGAGGGUCACAGAACAGAUAACUAUUCGCUCUGUCUGUGAGGCAUCAGUACAGCUAGAUGUCAGCUCUAUCGAUGGAAAGCAGGAAGGAUCCGAAGAAAAUCUCCCCGAACAAAUGGAGCGUUGCUUAAUUGAUGAAGUCACAAAGCGGAUUAAGGACAGCUUGGAGAUUGCAACAGAGCAAGCUUUCCACGACGAUGUCUGUGAGGGAAAUCAAGCAGGGGGAAUCGUAAACAGAAGCUGUGCAAGCACUGAAGACAGAGGCGAGACAGGAUGCGGCUCGCUAGAAGAGGAUCCUGCAAAACUUGAACACACUCGCUCUAUGGGAGAAGCUACGUCCGCCGAACAGGAAGCGAUGCUCGCAGGUACCAUCCAGGUCAACGAGGUCACGGACACGCAGGAGGAGAAUCCGAGCACACAAGAGGAGAGGCCGAUCGGAGAGGUCUAUGUGUGAACGAGUGGCUAGAGAGGUAUGCAAAUCAUGAGGGCGUUCCCUUCUGCGUGACGCACUUCAAGGAGCUGUUUGGAAACAAGGCAAGCAUCGUAGAGACGGG